UUUCAGCCAGUCCUGCAUGAGUUUUAUAUUGAUGAAAUGGUUAACUAAGUGAUACUGUGGAUGAAUCCAUCAACAUUUUCCGGAAAUUUUCUGCUCAGCAGUCCGACAAGUACCAGAAGUAAAAGCAACGCCUGUCAUUUCAUCGAUAUAUUUGAUUUUAUCUUUGUUGCACAUCCUGAUUCUGGACGUAUCGAAGGCAAAGAAAAUGAAAGAGUUUUUUAUUUCAACAGUCCUCAAAAUGAGUCAGUGGAGAAGCAGACGCAGAUAACAGGUUUCGCGGAAGCAGUUGUUAAUUUUACUGAAAAUUUCACGGAAAAAAAGGAAGAGUCAGAAUUUCAGUAUCGUUAUGUGAACACUUCCAAACAAUUGCAUGUGUAUAUUCAGGUGGAAUCUGAAAAAUUUAUUAUGGGAGCCGGUAUAAACAAAGAACUUAGUAUUAAUGAGGAUUACAUUCUACGGGGAUCAGCUAUCAAGGCGGUGCUAAUAACGGCUUACAAAAUGUUUCGUCUAUUUUUUGGUCCAUUUUCUCGACUUGUGGGAGAUAAUUCUGUACAUUUGAAGGAUCGCUUGGAGUAUUUCUUCUCACGUUACCUCCCACAACUUCGUCUCCAUCGUAUGCCUUUACUGGAUGUGUUUUGUGGUAUUGAUUAUCUCUCGUUAGACAGCAUAAGUUACUUACGAAUUGCGAAUCUCUUGGAUGACUUAAUGGAAACUUUUCCUCAAAUUUCAAAAACUAUAUUCUUUUAUCAGGAACGCCUGAUAACCCAUAGUGUUUCCAAAACCGAUUUGCCUAUACUUUGUCGUUACCUCACUCAACACCUCCUUAGUAGAUCAUUGAAAGAAGAAUUGCAACCUGAAAAAUGUAGCAGGAGAGACUCAGUCCAUCGGGGAAAAUUUUUGAUGGCCAAAAGUCCUUCAAGCGAUGAAAGUGAUACUAAGUUAUCAGUUGUUUAUUUAUGUGAUGAUAAUAACGAACGAAGGUUUAUACCUUAUGAAAUGAUCGUUUAUCGUGCUUUGAACGCUACAGUUUGCAUGUUCAUCCAGAAAAGUAUUGAUGCCCAAUUUCUGCAACAGUUAGAUGACUAUCUUGGACCGGAAUUAACUGCACUGGCAUCUCUAAUUGCUGAAUCGUAUGGUACUUUGAAUGAUAUAUCAAGAAAAGAAAACGAGUUUCAUUUCGUGUAUUUCAAUCCGGAAAGUAUGAGCCUUAAGACGAGUCUUAUGGAAAAUAUUGACUCUAGCCGUAGCUCAAAUCUACCCUCUGUACCAUCUUCAGUAUACAAAUCCGUCUGUGACAUAUUUGAUGAAUUCCUAGAAAGCAAUGAUUUUGGCGAAGCAUCAGCUAAGUUAGAUACUGAUUGGUGGCUUAUUAUCAAGAAAGUAAAUAAACGAUUUUUAUUGCUCAUAAUACGAAGUGCUACACUUACUACACUGGCUGAAGUGCAGCAAUAUGUGAAUGAUAUUAUCAAAAUUAACUUCGAUACUGUGUUUUUGUUUUAGUAAUAACACAAACUCUAGC